AUGGACAGCUCUCCCGCCUCGCCUUUGGCCCCCAGGGAUCCCAGCUCCCCUGAAUCUUCGAUCGGCGAACAAAUCGCCACUCUACAGGCCCAGCUUGCCGCUCUGCAGGCCUCGCAACCCGCCGCCGCCGCAGCCGCCGCACCCCCGGCCGUCACCGUCGUGCCGGGGAACGCCGCCACCGCAUCCAAGGUCGUGUUUCCCAAGCACGCUCGUCUGGACGGCCCCAAGUCGUUCACCAACUGGUUGCGUCAACUCCGUCUUGCACUCCCGAACCAGGUUCGUGGUUACGUUCUCGACGGUGUCGUUCCCCCGACCUGGACCGCCGACCAGCUUGCCGCACGUGACGACGCCGCCCGGGAAAUCAUCGUUGGCUCUAUCGACUCCGCCGACGUAUCGGCCACCCUCGACGCCAUCCCCAGCGACGACCUGUCGGCACCGCGCAUCUUUGCCGCUCUCAAGGCUCGUUUUGCACCGGACGACGCUACACGCACUCUCGAGUUGUUCGCUCGCCUUUGGGACUUCAGGAAGAUGCCUGCCUCCGUCGAGGCCUACGACACUUGGCUACGCGAGUACAUGUCGAUUGCUCAGGAAAUACGCGACGCCAAAACAUCGCUCAACGACGUGCUCGCCACCCACGUGCUCGCCAUGGUCCCGUCUUGCCUCGACAGCUUCCGACUCACGUUCACGGACGAGCAGCGAAACCGACGCGACCUUCCCGAACUCACGACGCUUACGGACCGCAUUCGCAUCCAGCUUCGUUCGGCAGGACUCUCGACCUCGCAUUCGGCCAUGCUUGCCACCAGCUCCCCCUGCCCCGCCUGCCGCGCUCCCGGUCACCGCCUGCGCGACUGCACUUCACGUGCGAAGCACCCGCCCACCGGCCCCUGCCGCCGAUGCCACAAGAAAGGUCACUGGGCACUCGACUGCAAGAACCGGGGUGAACAGGCACGUAGCAGCGACGACACCCAGGACGACACGUCUUCCUCCGCGGCCUCGCAACCGAACGUCGGCUAUUUCGCCUCCUGCCUCUUCGCUCGUCGCCAACUCCCAACUGACGCCUUUGUAGUCGAUUCGGGUGCCACGACACACAUGGUCGCCGACCGAUCUCUAUUCACGACUUAUCGUCAGACGGCACACACCAAGAUCGGCGGCAUCGCGGGCGGCAUCACGGCUAUCGGCAUGGGGGACGUGGCAUUCGUCGCCAAGACUGGACACCCGAUCACGCUCCGUGGUGUUCUUCACACGCCUGGCCUACACGUCAACCUCCUCUCUGUCUCUCGCCUCUGCGACACCGACCGCGUUCGUCUCGCCUUCACCAGCGACGGCAUCGACAUCGCCAAGGACGGCCGGGCCAUUGCUCACGGUACCAGGGUCAACGACGGUCUUUACCUUUUGGACGCGGAUCACACCAAGUGUCAGCAUCUUGCCUUCCUCUCACGCUCUGAGUCUCCCGUGCCCCUGCUUACCCUACACCGCUGCCUCGGCCAUCUUGCCCCAUCCUCUAUACAGAAGAUGAUUGCUGCAGGUUUGCUGGACGGGUUUGGGGCCGGGUACAGUGACAAAGACGUAGAGGAGUUUGUUUGCAAUGCUUGCCUUGGUUCCAAAGGUCACCGCCUUCCCUUUCCCGACUCUGAGUCGCAUUCCGCCGAGAGACUUGGCCUCGUGCACAGCGACGUCCUGUCGUUCCCCACUCCGUCCUUGACCGGGAAGCGCUACCUUGUCACGUUUCUAGACGACCACUCUCGCAAACUCUGGGCAUAUGCGAUCGAUCACAAAAGCGAUGUUUUCCCGACCUUCCAGACUUGGCUCGCCGAAGUGGAGUUAGAGACGAACGCGCGGUUGAGGAUCCUUCGAACCGACAAUGGCGGGGAGUACCGAUCAAACGCAUUCACGGAGUUCUGCAAAUCCAAGGGCAUUCGUCGUCAAUACUCUAUCCCUUACACGCCUCAACAAAACGGUCGCGCCGAACGUGUCAACCUCUCCAUCGUCGAGGGCGUCCUCGCUCUCCUUGCGGACGCCCGUCUGCCGGCCACCUUUUGGGAUGAAGCGGCUGCGUAUUUCGUUUAUUGCAAAAACAGGUGCUCACACUCAGCUUUGGCCAAACAGACUCCAGAAUCCGUUUGGAACGGCCAACGCACCACCGCCACCGCCCUCCACCCGUUCGGCUGCACAGCCUGGCUCACGGUCGCCCCGGACCUUCGCAGCAAGCUCGACCCCAAGGCCGCGCGCGUGAUCUUCACAGGUUACGACCUCGCCUCCAAAGCUUUCCGUUUCUUUGACCAUUCCAUCAACAAGAUUGUACUUGGUCGCAAUGCCACCUUCCUCGACGACGACUUCCCCGGCCUGCCAGUCACCACGCCCGUCGAUGCAGACGACACCGACCGUCAGUUCGUCGUUCCCGCCGACACGCCCGCCCCUGCCGUCAAGACGAGGACCCCACUAGUAAGGUCGGCGCACAUGGACGUCUCAUCCUCCCUUGAUGAUUCUGCCAUGAGCGCCGUUGACGUGGCCCCAGGGUACACUGGCGGAACCUUACUUAAUUCCACAGAUACCGAAUCGUCCUCGUCACCGUCUCCUGAGCCGUCCUCGUCACCGUCGCCCACAAACCCUUUGUCACCGUCGCCUGCGCUGUCACCGUCGUUGGCAGCGUCAUCGUCACCCUCGGUCUCACCGACCGACUCUGACUACUCCGCCGACCCUCUGGACCUCAUCGGCUCACAGACCCCGACUCGCCUUGGCCCACCGGACGUGCACCGCCCAGACUUCAGCACGUACCGUGAGCCCGCAUCGGCUGAGGAGUCGCCCGACGAACUCGACAUCAUUGGGCGUCACUCGCGCGAUGAAUCGCCGGAUGAAAUCGAUUUCCUCACCCAACACCACCGCGCCUUCAUCGCCACAGACGACGACGACCCCACCCUCGACGCCAUCGAGCCCGUCAAAUCGAUCACUAGCGACCCCCAGACCUGGCGCGAAGCAAUGUCCAGCGACGAGCACAACAUCUGGGCUGAGGCCGCCGCCGCCGAGUUCACCGCCAUGCGCGACGACUUCAAGGUGUUCACCAUCGAGCCUCGCUCAUCUGUACCGCCGGGCGCCACCAUCGUCACCUCCAAAUUCGUCUGGAAGACCAAGCGCAACGCAAGCGGUGAAGUCACGGGGCGGAAGGCACGUCUUGUAGCGCAGGGUAACCGACAGCGCGACGGCAUCGACUUCUCAGAAACCUUCGCACCCGUCGCCCGUUUCUCCUCCAUUCGCUGCCUCCUGGCUCUUGCCGCUGCCAAUGGCUACCACGUUCAUCAGGCCGACAUCGACAAGGCUUACCUCCACGGCGAGCUCGAUCAUGAUAUCUGGAUGACGACACCACGCGGUUUCGACUUCCCGAGCGAUAAGGUUCUCCGGCUGCGACGCUCAAUCUACGGUCUCAAGCAGGCCGGUCGCAUCUGGAAUCGUCACAUUGACACAUCACUCAGGAAUCUGGGGUACAAGGCAACAGGCACUGAUCACUGCAUUUACUCUCGCAUUGACGAUCAGCAGCGGCCUCACUAUAUCGCCUUGUAUGUCGACGACCUCCUCAUUGUCAGUCCAGCCCUCGACGAGAUCGAACGUGUCAUCUCCGGCCUUGAACAGCGGCGUCGACUCGGCCCCGCGGAGUACACGGAAUCCAAUACGCCGCCUGGACGACCCAUUGCAGGAGCGCUACAUCAUGGACGUGCUUUUCCACUUCGACACCACGACACGCGGCACUACGGUGCCGAUGACGCCCGGCCUCUCGCUCACGGCAAUUCCGGGUCAGGGAACGGAGCGCAUUCGUUCGUGGUACCUACAGGCCAUCGGCUCCCUCCUCUACAUCUCCCUUGGCACUCGACCCGACAUUGCCUUCGCCGUCUCGUACCUGUCCCGGUUCGCCAACAACCCCGGCCGCCGCCAUUGGAUUGCCGUCAAACACGUCCUUCGCUACCUUCGCGCCACGUACCGCGAUGAGCUUCUCUAUGCCCGCGGCCCAGCAAAAGUCACGGGUGUGGUUGGUUAUUCUGAUGCGAACUGGGGGCGCCUGCGUCGACACAUCCAUUUCAACGAUGGGCUACGUAUUUUACUGGCAGGCGCCGCUGUCUCUUGGUCGUCGAAGCGUCAGACUCGGAUGCGGAUUCCACCACUGAUGCCGAGUACCUGGCCUUGUCGCACGCGGGUAAGGAAGCGAUCUACCUUAACCAACCUCUCCCGAGCUCCACGUUUGCCCAAUCGCUGCAGCUCACAUCUUCACCGACAACGAGGCCGCGGCCGCCGUCGCUCACGACCCCGUUCGCACCUCCGGCACCCGGCACAUUCGCCUCCGCGAGCAUUUUGUCCGUGACAUGGUCAAUCGAGGUGAUAUCUCUCUCUCACACGUUGGCACAGCAGACAUGGUUGCGGACGUAUUCACCAAAGCGCUAGGCCCCAAGAUUUUUGGUACACAUUGCUAUGCUCUAGGCCUCCGGACGCGACAUCCACGGCUCAAGUCUACCUCGCGUUCGCGUGGGGGGGGGUGUGAGGAAUCCACUCUCCGCUCGGCUCAGGACUUAGGCGCGCGGAGCGAACCGGGCGCGGACUUAGGCGCGCGGAGUGGCCGGGCGCCCCGGCCCAGGACUUAGGCGCGCGAAGCGAGCCUGGGACUUAGGCGCGCGGAGCGAGCCUGGGCCAUUGGCUCAGCCCCAGGCUCGCUGGCUGUGGACUUGGGGCGCGCGGGUCUCUUAUUGUUAGCUUCCUAUUCAUCACUCUUGGCUAUAACUACAUCGCUGACGUAGUAGAGUUGAUCGAAUAGGUAUGUUGAAAUGCAUUUAUCACUCUUGGCUAUAACUACAUCGCUGACGUAGUAGAGUUGAUCGAAUAGGACCUCAGUGACCCAAGUGACGAACCGACCGACGCCAAGCGAGUCAUCAUCAAAGGGAAGAGCCGCGUCGUGGUGAAGGAUGGAAUAGAGGGGCGGAGGGUGACGAGGUCGAUGUCGGCGGCAGCGGCGAUGCAGGUCGAGGUGACGAAGGUGGACAGAGGGAAAGGAAGAGGGUAG